UAAACUAUAGUAUACCCCUCCUUCUACACCAAUCAUUCAAGUAGCCAAUGGUUUCUCAAUUUUCAUUUAUCUAUAUAUAUUCAUGGCUGCAAGCAUUUAGAACCAACACAAAUCAUUCACAUCCUAAAAUUUGCUUCUUUCUUUGAAGUCUAUUUAAAAACAAUUUUCUCCUCAAGUUUUAACACAUACAACAAUGGGUUUUCGUUUCCAUAGUAUCAUCAGAAGGGCAUCAUUUGUUGCAAACCGAGCAGCUUCAAAAGAUGUGAACAUGCCAAAGGGAUAUUUUGCGGUGUAUGUUGGAGAGACACAAAAGAGAUUUGUGAUCCCGAUAUCAUACUUGAACCAACCAUCGUUUCAAAACUUGUUGGAUCAAGCCGAAGAAGAGUUCGGAUAUGAUCAUCCCAUGGGUGGCCUCACUAUUCCUUGUAGUGAAGAUGUCUUCCAACAUAUAACUUCUAGCUUGGCUGGGCUAUGAAACAUGACAUGAAUCUAACAUUGUAGGAAACUGACAUAGAUUAGUUGAGAACAUUUUGUACAUUAAGAAUCAUAUCAAAUUGUAAAGUUCCCCUUUUCCAUUGAAAUUGGAAAUCAAAUUACAACUCUCUAUAAGAAUGAAAACAUUUUGAGUAUGUGUUUUGUAUUUGAUGGCAAUGAGUUCGACCACUCAA